AUGGGUGGGUGGGUAGUGACUGGGUCAGUUGUCACAGCAGAUUGGAGAGAUGUAUGCGAGCAACUCCUGGAGAGUGUUCCAGACAUGAUUUAUGGAGCCCGGAUAGAUGUGAAUUGGUUGAAAAGAAAAUUUUGGUGGUCAGACAAGCAUCAGGGGGUGACACAAGCAAUUAUUCGCUCUGCUAUUGACUUUAAGAGGGACCCAUGGCCUAAGGUUUCGGACAAUGCAAAGGACCUUGUAAAGAAAAUGCUUAAUCCUGAUCCAAAGCAGCAUCUUACAAUACAGGAAGUCCUUGAACAUCCAUGGCUACAAAAUGCCAAUAAAGCACUCAACAUUCUGUUGGGUGAUACUGUAAAAGCUAGGCUCAAACAAUUUUCUAUAAUGAACAAGCUGAAGAAGAGAGCUCUAAGGGGCCCUGGUGCUGGAACUAGCUCUGACUUACCUCCUGCAGGUGCAAUUGCUGAUAGUCAGUCAGGUGAAGAGACCAGACCUUCUAGUUGGUCUUUAGCAGAUCCUACACGCAGGAGGCAUUCUGGCCUGAUUGCAAAUUCUAGAAGUUUAGCUAAAUAA